ACCGUUUGUUUUUUAAACGCUGGACUCCAACUCAGCAAUGACCCAACCCUGUAAUAUAUGUAACCCUAAUUUCGUCUUCAUGCCUGCGUAUUUCAUCCCCAAACUUCAUCUAUCUCUGCUAUCUUGCUUUGUGUUGUCUUUGAAGGGUGAUUAAUUUUUUUAUGGCGAACCCUAGAUUGUUGUUUAGUGUUCAUCUUAUGGGCUGAAUUUACAUUCCACUUUCUCCGUUAAUUUUUUGGUUUGUUUUUUCAGAAUUUUGUUUUGAGAGCUACGAACAUGGCUCAUGGAAUUUGUGCAUGUGGAAUCCCUUUAAAGAUGCUGACUUCAUGGACAGAUGACAAUCCAGGGAGACGCUUCCUUACCUGCUCAACAUUAAAGGGUAAUGGAGGAUGUAAAAUGUUUGAAUGUGUUGAUCCAGAAAUGUGUCCAAGGUCGAAGAUGAUUAUACCAGGUCUGCUGAGGAAAAUCAAUAAGCUGCAAGUUGAACUUGAGGAGAAAAAUGCAAUGCCCAAAAAGAAGAAAAAAUGGACUGUCUUAUGGUGUGUUGUGGGAGGAAUGUUGCUACUAGGUUCAUGGAUUGUGUGUUUUGACAUUGGAAGCAAAAAUAAGUUAGCUUGGGACUAUUGUGAGGUUCCAAUGAUCUAAAUCUGUCUGAGAAUGUAGGAUAAUAUAACCUACUGUGUGUGGUUUUAUGUUGUAAUGGUAUUAUUAUGUGUAGUUGAAUCCAUGUUGUUGUAAUGGUAUCCUACUGGUUGUUGUUUA